UUGAGCUGAGUGACAGGAACGUUCGGGUGACUGAAUUUCGGAUGGUCAGUUUCAAGCCCGCGCUUCGCGGCCCCACGGCCUCCAGCCGUCCACACUGGGGUCCUCUGGAGGUUACAGCGGCGGCCCUCGCCUUCCUGCCCACGAUGAGUCCCGGCGUCGCCGUGAGACGUUCCGAGGCCUGGUAGCGCCGGGCCGCGGCGUCCGUGUCCGCUCCUAGCCCCUCGAUUCGUGGAGACCGCCGCUUCGGGUGCCUCCCUGCCCUCCCAUUCCUCCGUCCCGGAUCCAGGAGGGUGGGGCCCUGUUGUGUGCGGCGUUUGCCGAGGGCCGGUGCAGCCGCAGAGCGCGUGGGCUUCACAGCCGGGCAGUGAGUUGCGAGGAAAAGGGGAGAAUCCGCCUCGCUGGCCUGUCUCUGUGUUCACGGGCCCCUCCUGGGGCAGUGGGCGGCGGAGGAGUGUCUUUUUACGUGUUGAGGUCCUCGUGUUGUGUCCCAGGAAGGGGGAUGUUCAUUCUAGGCAUUAAACAGCCUGUGUUCAGCACUCACCGUUCACUUGCCAAGACUGAUCUUAUCCGAGAAAUAAGUCCAGGAGAAGAGGAAAGGAAGAGGAGGCAAAAAUGACGCGUUCCCAGGUGCUGUUGACCUUCAGGGAUGUGGCCAUAGAAUUCUCUCAGGAGGAGUGGGAGUGCCUGGACCCUGCUCAGAGGGCCUUGUACAAGGACGUGAUGUUGGAGAACUAUAGGAACCUGGUCUCCCUGGGUGAGGAUAAUGUUGACCUGAACGUUAUCUCCAUUUUGGAGCAAGGGACAGAGCCGAGGGCUGUGGAGGGUGAGGUGAAAGUAGAGAAAAAACCAAGUGGGUGGGACUAUAUCAAAGAUGUGAACACUGAUAUCUCUGUUAGAAGUAUGAUUAAGGAAUUAUCACCAAAAGAGGAUAUUAACAAAGAAGAAUUAUUCCAAACAUUGAUGUUGGAAAGACACAAAAGAAACGACAUCAAGGAUUUGGGUUUUAGAGAAGUCCAGCAAAAUAUGCAUGAGUUUGAAAGUCAGUAUACAUAUGAUGAAACAAAUUACAAAGGAGUAACCGCAGCCCAUAACCAAAAUUUCACUGGUAGAAGAGGUCAACAGCGUAACAAAUCCUGGAAUGAUUUCCCUCUAAAGCAGAGUGUUUCUGUAAGAAAAAGUACUUAUCAAUAUUACAAACAUGAGAAGUCAUAUAAAAGGUAUUUGUUAAAACUAAAAAAUAACAUAACCUGUGCAGGAAACAAGUAUAUAAAAUGUUUUGAAAAUGGAAUUGGAUUAAAGUUUCAGUUGCAUCUGGCUGACCUUCAGAAUUUUCAAACUGAAGAGAAAAUUUAUGAAUAUAGUCAAGUUGAGGAGUUGAUCAACAGUAGUUCUGUUUCACCACUUCAAAGAAUUCCUCCUAGCAUCAACAUGAACAUCUGUAAUAAAUCUGGGAAACUUUUUAUGCAUCCUUCAUUACUUACACAUCAAAAAACACCUAUUAGUGAAAAACCUUACAAAUGUAAUGAUUGUGGGAAGGCUUUUAGAGAAAGCUCAAACCUCAUUAGUCAUCAGAGAAUUCAUUCUGAGCAGAGGCCUUACAAAUGUAAUGAGUGUGGCAAAGCCUUUACCCAGUUUGCAAAACUUACUAGACAUCAGAGAAUCCAUACCAGAGAGAAACCAUAUAAAUGUAAUAUAUGUGGCAAGGGCUGUAGUCAGAAUUCAAAUCUUGCACGGCAUCAGAAAAUUCAUACUGGAGAGAAACCUUACAAAUGUAAUGAGUGUGGCAAAGUCUUUUCUGAGUAUUCAAGCCUUACUCGACAUAAGAGAAUCCAUACUGGAGAGAAACCUUAUAAAUGUGAUGAAUGUGGGAAGACUUUUAGAGGAAGCUCGAAUCUCACCAAUCAUCAGAGAGUUCAUUCUGGGCAGAGACCUUACAAAUGUAAUGAGUGUGACAAAUCCUUUAACCGCAUAUCACACCUCACUAGACACCAGAGAAUCCAUACUGGAGAGAAACCAUAUAAAUGUAGUGUAUGUGACAAGGUCUGUAGUCAACAUUCAAAUCUUAUAAUUCAUCAGAGAGUUCAUACAGGAGAGAAGCCUUACAUAUGUGACGAGUGUGGCAAAGCCUUUAUGGAGCGUUCAAGCCUUACUCAACAUAAGAGAAUCCAUAGUGGAGAAAAGCCUUACAAAUGUAAGGAAUGUGGCAAAGCCUUUAACCAGUCCUCUAACCUUGUCAUACAUCAGAUAAUUCAUACUGGAGAGAAGCCUUAUAAAUGUAAUGAGUGUGGCAAAGCCUUUAAUGUGUGUUCAAGCCUUACCCGACAUCAAAGAAUCCAUACUGGGGAGAAGCCUUAUAAAUGUAAUGAAUGUGACAAGGCCUUUACCCAAUUUGCAAAUCUUACUAGACAUCAGAAAACGCAUACUGAAAAGAAACAUUGUAAACCUAAUAUAUGUGGAAAUGCUUUUAUCCAAAGAUCAAGCACUGGGGAUUAUCAGAGAAUUUGUAGUGAAGAGAAACCUCACAAAUGUCAUGUGUGUAGCAAAACCUUUAAUGUGUGUUCAAGCCUUACUCAACAUCAAAGAACCCAUACUGAACAGAAGCCAUGUAAAAGUCAUGUAUUUGGUAAAGCCUGUAACCAGGGCUCAGAGUUAAUUAGACACCAGAAUAUGCAUCUUUGAAAGAAAGCACAAAAAUGUAAUGGGUGUGGCAAGGCUUUUAUCCAAAGAUCAAGCAUAUGUAAUAUUAUCUCCUACUGGAGAGAAACCUUAUAAAUGUAAUGAAUGUGUUAAACUUUUAUGAGAUGUUCAGAUGUUUACCCAAGGGGUCAUGAGAGAAUUCACAUCAGAGAGAAAACAUAAAAAUGUAUUGAAAAUGGUAAGGCCUUUAGACAACGAUCUGACCUCAGGAUUCACCAAAGAAUUUACAUUGUAGAGAAACCUUAAAACUGUAAUGAAUGUGAUAAAUUAUUUAACCAUUUCUCACAAUCGGCUACACAUCAGAUAAUUCAUAGUAGAGAAAACAGUCUCUUCUUCUGAAAGAUUAUUCAAUUAAAUUCUAAAUAAAUUUAAUAAUUGAUAAUUGAUUAAUUAAAAAUCAAAAUGAUAAUACCUAUAAUGGCUGUCAAAGUUACAAGGAUCCCCGUGGAAAGGUCCUGUUACCUUCAUUUUAUUAAAUAGUUUAUUUCGGGUUUCUUGAAAAGGCCAAAUUACUAUCAAUGACUUUCAUCCUGAGGUUUGAAAUCUGUUGAUAAUAUACUUUCAUUACAGUCCUUUCAUGUUACCAUGAAGAUCUCUUGGAAAGGUUUAAUAAGAUAAAAGGGCAGACUUCAUUAGGUGAUGUUCAUUCAUGUCCAGAAUUUCCUGGAAGAACAAGAACACUGAAUUUAUAAUCCAAUAUAAUAUAAAUUUGAAUGACAGCAUGAGUGGCAUAUAAGAGAUGUAAAACUAUGAUCUAAGUCAUGAUUAAUGUGUUAAGGACCCUCUUCUCCAGAUUUGUUGUUAUGGGGCUUUUAUGGUGGAGCUGAGGAGAGGGUACUGAAUGUGGCUUAAACUUUCCACCGGUGACAAAGAGUACACAGCCUUUCUAAUCAGCCUACAUAGGUGUGAGGUAGAAUGGGAGGAGGGAUGGGAGACUUAAAAGCUGUUAAUAGUCAAAUAAUAAAAAUGAGGUUAGACUAAUUCAACACUGAACAUUUACUUUUGAAGUGUCUCACUCCUUGGUUGGGAAAGACCACAAUUUUCCUCAUGCUAAUAACUGCAUUUCCUUUGCUGCUGCACAGGUAGGAUUCUUUAUACAAUAUGUUAUUGAACGUGUUUGUGAAAUACUCUUUAGAUAAAUUGUGAUAUUUUUGUGGUAUUUUCAUGAAAAUUAAUGUGUAGAAGUUUUAUCAGACAAUAAAUAUGAUUUAAGGAUUUUA